UCGGACUUUGAUUUGGCUUCAUGAAACCUGCUUUCACGUAGCGGCACAGGAACAGUGGUUAUAAAAAAUGACUGCACACAAUUGUUCUUAUUAUAAUUGUACAAAUUCUUCGGAACAGAAGUCAAUGUUCCGUUUUCCGUGGGAUGACGUCAACCGCCUAAAAGUAUGGCUUGAGAAUUGCGGUAAUAUGAACAUUGCCCACUUGCCUGCAGAAAAUUUGCGGUCAAGGUAUUUAUGCAUUGACCAUUUCAAUAUCAAGUAUGUACGAAAUGAGACUGGUCAUAGAAAAAGACUCCAGAGAAGUGCAGUUCCAGAACCAUAUCAGACUCAAGACGUUCAAAAUCGCUCAAGCACUUCCUCACCAGGUUCAUCAGGUACUUUUAAAGUACUGACACCGAAAAAGGUGUACAAAAAUAAACGGCUUCGCGACUGCGAACUUGAAGAGCUCGUGGAGCCGCCAGCAUUAGCAUACCAGUGCAACACGCCGAAGAGAAGACGGUUGUCAAUUACUGAAGACACGCCAAAAUGCAAAGUGUUAAAAAAGAAAUUAGUAUUGUAUCUAACAAUAACAAAAUGUAAUACCUUUUGAAUUAAAGAAGUAGUUUAAUUGAAUA